AUUAGAUGGAAGAAGAAUCAGAGAGAGGCCGGCGCCGACGGAGAUGAUGAAAUGAUACCGGCUCCAGGCUUGCUUCAACCGCCCUAGCAAAGAUUUCAGGGGCAAUGAAACAGUAGCCGACCAUCUCCAACUCAAGCUAGUGCUGAAGUUUGAGAGAUCAUCAAGCUGCCAAUGGUCUCCCAGCAACAAAUGCUGCAAACAGUGCGAGUGACCUCUUGGGAGAGGAGAAUGGAGCCAUGUGAGAUGCUCCUCGGAUUGUUGCAAAUGACAACUUAUUGUUCUCCCCAUAAACUUGGGUCCAUCCACCCACCUGUUUGUCAAAAUCAAACCAUGCCUUGUAUGGCACGGUUGUAUUCAACCCCAUCUCUUUUGCCAAACGAUUCACCAGAAUCCUCGUCCCGAUGAAUGGGAGAACCGAAUCUUGAUCCCCGCUGUACACUAGUGCUCGAACUCCCGAUCCCACCAAUGAACCCACCACUCCAAUCGUUGGAAUCUCCAGAUUGUAGUUAUCAUAAUUCACCACA